AUGGCUACCGCAUCGCCCCAGGACGAUGACUCGAGUCCGAUGGACGUAUCGGCCGGCCAUUCGCCGAACGGCCUUGGAGACUCUACAAACACUCCGACAAACUCGACACCUCGCGACGUGCGUGCUCCGGCUGCCGGCGCGGCCCCCGGCAUUAGCCACAACGGCACCGGGGGUAUUGUGAUCGACCCAAGCGUCGAGCCGUCGUCGGCUCUGAAUCCGAGAUCCUGUGUGACCUGCCGGCGCCGUAAGGUCCGCUGCGACAAGCAUAUGCCGUGUAGCAAUUGCCGCAAAGCACACAUCUCCUGCAUAUUCCCUGCGCCAGGGCGAGCGCCGCGACGCCCUCGCCCUCGAGAUCCCCACGCGCCGCCGAAGCAGACGACGGAGCGCGAAGUCGAGCUGAUCAAGCGUUUGCGGAAACUCGAGGGCAUCGUCGAGGAGCUCAGCGGCCAGAUCGAAGUCGAGGCGCGCCAUCCUGCGAGUAUCGGCGGAUCGCCCGAUGACACCACCGACGAUAUAGACAGGAGGCGACAGGUAUCUGCUUCCUCGUCGAGCUAUAAUCUUCCCGCCGGGUUGCCUGCACUACCUCCAGCACCGGGUCGUUUGAUGAAGACGAGCAGUUGGGGCCCCUUGCAGAGUCCUACACUUGGAGUCAACAAGGAUUUCGGCCGACUGGUCCUCAAUGAUAAGGGCAAGACACGCUACGUGAGCAAUGCGUUCUGGUCCAAAAUGAACGACGAGCUCGCACAAAUCAGGUCCGAGACGCAAAAGCUUACUGAUGAAGAGACCGACGAGUCUGGUGACGAGGGCAGCUCCCCGGAGACGCUGGAUUCCGAGAAGGAGCUCUUGACAGAUCACCAUGCAUUCAUUCUUGGCUACAGGUCCUCGGAUGUUGACCUGCGCAAACUUCACCCCCUCCCGUCGCAGAUUCCCUUUAUUUGGCAAGUCUACACCGAAAACGUCGACCCGCUGGUGAAGAUAUUACAUAUACCGUCAAUGAACAAAGUCAUUCGACAAAUUAGAAGCGACAUGGACAGCAUCUCCCCAAACUUGGAGGCCCUCAUGUUUUCCAUCUACUACGCAGCCAUCACGUCGCUGGAGGAGGAUGAGGUUAAAACGAACUUUGGAGCCGACAAGUCGCACUUGAUUAAGCAGUAUCGGUACGGGACAGAGCAGGCUCUGGCAAAGGCCAAUUUCUUGAAUACCUCGGAUCUCGUCGUGAUCCAGGCGUUCACACUUUUCUUGGUCCUGGUUCGUCGUUACGACGACACGCGAUUCUCCUGGACACUUACGGGGCUAUUGAUCCGCAUCAGCCAGUCCAUUGGGACACACCGAGAAGGAACCCACUUUGGCAACCUGACGCCAUUUGAGGUUGAGAUGAGGCGUCGUCUAUGGUGGGCAAUAUGUGUUCUGGACCUCCGAUCGGCCGAGGACCAAGGCACCGAGUUGACCAUCGCCGAACACACGUUUGAUACGCAGUUCCCCAUGAACGUUAAUGAUUCCGAUAUCUCCCCCGACAUGAAAGAAUUCCCACGCGAACGGCAGGGGGCGAGUGACAUGACCUUCUGCCUCAUCCGAUAUGAGAUUUGCAGCUUGGCCAGGAGGCUCCACGCCGCCAGCAACCCGAUGGCGCCCUGUCCCAAGGACACCCAACUAACGCUACAGCAGCGCGAGGAUAUGCUGCUUGAGAUGUUUGAACGUGUGGAAGACAGAUACUUGAAACCCGAAACGGAUCAGAACGUUGAUCUGCUCCACUGGGUGGCCGCAGCCAUAGCCCGAUUGAUCAUGGCGAAGAUGAGCCUGAUUAUAUACCAGCCGGUCUUAUUCCCUUCUCCUGGACAAGAAGUCUCCCAGGAGGUCCGCGAUCGCCUCUUCAAUUCUUCCACCGAGGUAGUCGAGUAUAACAGACUCCUCAACAGUGAACCGAAGUGCAAGCAAUACCGUUGGCUUUUCCAGACGUACACUCAAUGGCACGCUGUUGCGUACUUGCUUCUUGAAGUCUGUCGCCGGCCAUGGUCAAGCUCUGUGGAGAGGGCAUGGUUGGCCCUCAAUAGCGUCUUUAACAACACAGAACCGCACGAAUUCAACAAGUUGGCCCAAAACGGUGCCGUGUGGCUGCCAUUGAAAAGGCUGAUGCUCAAGGCAAGAAAACACCGAGAAGAGGAAGUUACUCGUCUCCAGGGAGACCAAGAGGCAGCCCGAGAGCUCGACUUCAGCAGCUCAAAGACCCCGCCGGCAAGUUUCCAGCACUUGCCUAACUCUGUGCGUGAAACAAUUGCUCAAGAUCGUUGGCGCAAACUGGUCGGAUUGCCAGCACCGGAGAAGAAAUUCACCCACGGGGGUUGCUUCGAAAGUCCGGCCCCGACUGCGAAUGUGGCGCCAGCACCCCCAACGCAAGUUGCCGGACAACCUCAGAUGUCACAGACGCAUCUCGAUUACAUCAGCAGCGUCAUGUCCCAGCCCAAUUUCCACCCUGUCGACUUCUGGUCCGCAGCGUUCCAGGAGAGCUCGGCCGACAUCGCAAGACAAGCCAUCCUUGGCAAUGGCCUCCAAUCUGGAAACUUGUCUGAGCAGCAGCAACGGCAACAGUCACCGAUGCCAAGAGUGUCAAGUAAUGGCAGUCCGAUCACGAACAAGGGUGGAAUUGCCUUCCCGCGUGAGAGUGUCUCUACACCUCUUUCAAACUCCCAGACACCUUCGCAGGUGCCCCUUACGACGAAUAUGCCUCAAUCAUCUGUGCUCGCAGCAGCCACAGGAAUGGUGGAUGAUAACCCUCCGCCAUGGCUCUGGUCAGAUGCAUGGAAAUGGAACGAUCCACAGGCAACUACCAAUGCCGCUAGCAAUGCCAUCAUCCCGACCGUUGACGAGGGUGAUAUCAACAUGGAUGAGGAGUUUGACUGGCAGGACUGGCAGCAAAGCAUCCGUGGCUUUGAAUUGGAUUCAGGUUUUGGGAUCGGGAUGUCUGGUGGAGGGUUCUCCGGUGGUAUUUGA